AUGUUGUCUCAAAAUAAAACCCUGAAAACUACAGAAGAAGUGGCUCUUCAGAUACCUUUGCUUUGCCAGGCUGGGGUUGGGACUGUGGGCGACAUUCUUGUGUUUCUUCAUAAUUUCUCUCCAAUUUUGGCUGACUCUCAUCUGAGGCCCAUUCAUGUCAUUCUAUCAAACUUAGCUGUGGCCAAUGUUUUCAUUCUCCUCCUCUUGACAUUUCCAAACCAUAUUACAGUUUUGGCUCCAAGGAAGCCUCCAACUGACCUCACAGGUAAACUUUCAUACUUCUUUCACAUGGUGGCUCGAAGCACAAACAUGUGUUCUACCUGUGCCCUGAGCACAUACCGGUUUGUCACUCUUGUUCCUGGUAAUUGGGCUAGGGUCAUGCUCAGAGAAAUAUCCCCCAAGGUCAUGAGAUAUUCUUGUUACAGUUGCUGGUUUUUCAGUGUCUUAAAUAAUGCUUACAUUCCAAUGAAUGCCAGUGGUCCACAGAAGACACACAAUGGCACUGAUUCUAAAGGUAAGUGGGUCUGCUCCCUCUCUGAUGUCAGUGUUGGCAUGAGCUUCUUGCGGUUUGCCCAAGACAUUUUAUUCAUCAGCAUCAUGAUCUGGACCAGUUUCUCUAUGGUGAUUCACCUGAACAGACACCACCAGAGAAUGCACUAUAUACACAACCACAAUCAGAAGCUCAGAGCCUAUGCUGAGACCAGAGCAUCCCACACUAUAGUCAUGCUGGUGGUCACAUUUGUGACCUUUUAUCUUCUAGACUGUAUUUGUACUUUCUUUCACAUUUCUUUUGUGAACACUCGUUUCUGUUUGAGGCAUGUUAAAGAAGUUCUGACUGUAAGCUUCCCCACCAUUUCUCCCUUGCUGUUGAUCUUUAGGGAUCAUAAGAGUCCUUGUUGA